AUGCGGCCGUCAAUUGCAGCCAUACUCGCUGUGUGGGCUUGUUCCUCGGAGGCCAACAUAGUGGGUGUUGGAGCGCCUGAAACGAUUCAGCCUGGUUCCGCGGCCGAUCUCAAGAUCUGGACUGGCGGUGUAUACCCAAGCUCCAUUGAUAUCGCCGUCGCUUUCGGGUGGUCUCCUCGCGAUUCUGCAGUCAAGGGGAACAUUGGAAAUAUUCUGCGGUACACUUAUAUUGGACCCUACGAGUCCAGUCUAGGCCUCUUCAAUAUAUCAAUCCCUGUACGGUUUCCGGCCGAUAUCCCCCAGGGUGAAGGUGUUAUCUCAGCAUCCAUCUUUAGUUUGCUACACGAUCAACAUAUUGCCAAUUUGAGAAACUACCAGAUCGAUGUCACCUUCGGCGGACAGACCUCUUCUAACUACGUCUUUCAAUGA